GAAGGAAACGCCAGCGAGGCAUCAAAAUUCCCUUAUUGGGAGGCGCCAUGAACGCACCCUUGUCGUUCGGAACCGAAAAGACCCGUCUGCUGUGAAGCUAAUUCGGACAGAACGUCGUGACGUGCAAGUGCUUUCCGCAUUCCCAGCCUACGUCAUCACCGUCGUGAGUUUGACACUGCGAGCAUUCACACGGGAACCCAACCGAGAGCAACACAUCUUGCACCGGGUGCACUUUCAAAUUCCAAAUUUUUUGGCUUUUCGUGCAUGCUGAGAAUCUUGAAACUGGUCCCAACGCUGUGGAUGAUCAUGCGCCACUUGUGGUUUAAUCUAAAUUAACCAGCCGCGGAGGAAGAAGAGGAAACAGCCCUUGAAAGUGAAUCAACAUGGCCGUGUUCAAGCCUGAGAAUGUGGAGGACUUCUACGAGAUCGAGGAAGUACUGGGGAGCGGCCAUUUCGGUGAAGUCCGCCGGGUCCGCGAGUUGGCCACAGGCACGUACUGGGCAGGCAAGUUUGUGAAGCUGCGCAAAACCACGUGUAGCCUUCUGGGCCUGGAACGAAGAUGCGUGGAGCAGGAAGUGGAGGUCCUACGGUCCCUGCAGCACCCCAACAUUAUCACCUUAAAGGAUGUCUUUGAUAGUCGCUCGGAGGUGGUGCUCAUCUUGGAAAUUGUGAGCGGCGGUGAGCUGUUUGACUUCAUCGCCGAGAAGGAGAUGGUGACAGAGGACGAGGCCAUCGAGUUCAUGAAGCAGAUCCUGGACGGGCUGGCCUUCAUGCACAGCAAGAACAUCGGCCAUUUUGACCUUAAGCCAGAAAACAUCAUGCUGUCGGAUAAAGAAUCGCCGCAUCCCGACAUCAAACUCAUUGAUUUUGGCCUCGCGCACCAUUUUGUCCCCGGGGAGGAGUACAAGAGCACCAGUGGCACCCCUCAGUACAUCGCCCCGGAGGUGAUCAACAGCGAACCCCUGGGCACGGCGGCCGAUAUGUGGAGCAUCGGCGUCAUUACGUACAUACUCUUGAGCGGCAUGUCACCCUUCCAGGGCCACACGGAUGAAGACACGCUGAGGAACGUCCUGGCUGUGAACUACGAGUUUGACACGCAUUGCUUCAGCACCACCAGCUGCACAGCCAAAGAUUUCAUUCAAAAACUCCUGGUCAAAAAUACCAGUGACAGAAUGACGGCCGAGGAGUGUCUCCUUCACCCGUGGAUCAAGGUUAGACCCCUGACGCGGCAACAGAAAGCGAAGAGGAGUCGAUCAUCCAUAAACAUGAAGAACUUCAAGAAAUUCAACGCCAGAAGGAAGUGGAAGAUGUCCUACAACAUGGUUUGGAUCUGCAACCGUCUGGUCCGCUUAAAACUGUUGUGUAAAGGCACAUCUGACGUACCCGAGAGACAGUGUGAAAGUGACACGGAAGACACAGAGAGCAAACCUGCAUCGUUGCUACGAAGACGACUCAGUAGCAAUUCAUAGAAUCAGCCACAAGAGGGCAGCGGUGAACCUAAGGAGAGACUUUUUACUUGGCAAUCUGCUCCAUUCUCAAUGUGGAUGUAGCAUAAGAUCAAGAAAUGUUGUAUGGAAAGGCAUUUGAGCAUUUCAUUUCAUAUCCAUGAGGCACAUUAACUAUGCAUGCAAAUACAACGGCCAAAUGCUUGAAAUGUCAUCCUGUCAUGGGAAAUGUGAGUGGAAAAAACAGCAGCAUGAAAACUUUGUUUUUCCCUGCAUUUUAUGCCCUCCAAAAGCUCAAUGUUGACUUUCCAUUUCAAAAACAUUCCUACCUCAACCUUAAUCCCCCAUAAGAAAGAAUUAAUUGUUUAAAUAACUGUACAGGCUAUGCUUGGUCAUGUUUUAGCUUUUAUCCACGUUGUGUUAUCUCCUUCAUGAAAUUAGAAAAUAAUACAACUCACCAAACAACUUGCUUA